AUGUCCAUUUUACCCAAUUUAACACAGACAUUGGAAGAUGCUUUCAAAAAGAUCUUUGUUACUUACAUGGACAACUGGCGCAGCAACACAACAGCAGAACAAGCAGCUCUCCAGGCCAAAGUCAAUGCUGAGAAUUUCUACUAUGUCAUCUUGUACAUCAUGGUGAUGAUUGGCAUGUUCUCUUUCAUUAUUGUGGCCAUCCUGGUAAGCACAGUGAAAUCCAAGAGACAGGAGCACUCCAAUGACCCAUAUCAUCAGUACAUUGUGGACGACUGGCAUGAAAAGUACAAAAGUCAAAUUCUGAGUCUAGAAGAUGCCAAGGCUACCAUUCAUGAAAAUGUUGAUGCACUGACAUAUAAAAUGUCCCCUUGA